UCCUAAAUGAUGACCGAGAACGCGACCAUUCACAAAAGCAAGCGGUUCUCAAAUGGAUAUUUAGGUCACAAUGGACCCAUUUGACAGCUCCGAUGCUCUGGAAGGGCCAUCGAAGGCUGCGGCGACAAACACAGAGGUACCGGUGCCGUGGACACGCUUCUCUGCCUGGCUCGAGUGUGUGUGCGUCGUUACCUUCGACCUCGAGCUCGGACAAGCCAUAGAGCUCGUUUACCCUCAUGAUGUCAAACUCACAGAGAAAGAGAAAACAAGCAUCUGUUACUUAUCGUUUCCUGACUCAUACUCGGGAUGCCUCGGGGACACUCAGUUCAGCUUCAGACUGCGGCAGUCGGUGGGCCGCAGUAGCUCUUGGUUUGGACAGGAGGAUGUGUACAACAAGGAUGCACCUGUGACCCUGCAGAAGGAGCAUGCACAUUUGCACGGGUAUGUGUAUUUCAGGCAAGUGAAAGAUGCGUCUGUCAAAAGGGGCUACUUUCAGAAGUCUCUGGUGGUGGUGUCCAGAUUGCCGUUUGUGAACCUUUUCCAUUCGCUGCUGAAGGUCAUUGCUCCUGAGUACUUUGAAAAGCAAGAACCUUGUCUGGAGACUGUCUGUAAUGAGAUUGAGCAAUGGCCCGCACCAGUACCAGGACAGACACUCAACCUACCUGUGAUGGGUGUGGUGAUGCAGGUCAGAAUUCCCUCAAAAGUCGAAACACCAUCAGGAAGCCCUGUAAGACAACCACAAACAGAGAAUCUGCUCCCUGCCCCCACGGUUCUUCCAUCAGUUCACGAGUUGGAUCUUUUCAAAUGUUUCCAGUCAAUCCUGAUUCGCGUGCAGAUGCUCUGGGAGCUCAUGUUGCUAGGAGAGCCUGUGGUUGUUAUGGCACCCUCUCCAACCGUCUCCUCAGAGACUGUGUUGGCCCUGGUCAGCACUAUCGCCCCAUUGCACUACUGUGGUGAUUACAGACCAUACUUCACCAUUCAUGACAGUGAAUUCAAGGAGUACACGACCAGGACUCAGGCUCCGCCCAAUGUGAUACUUGGUGUCACAAACCCUUUCUUUAUAAAGACCUUUCAGUGCUGGCCACACAUUAUUCGCCUCGGAGACCUGAAGAUGUCUGGUGAUUUACCAAAGCAAGUGAAGGUCAAGAAACUGGCAAAGUUAAAAACACUGGAUACUAAAACAGGUAUAUACACAGCAUACAAGACCUUUCUACACAAAGAUAAGGCCCUCAUCAAGCGACUUUUAAAGGGUAUCCAGAAAAAAAGGCCGUCAGAGGUGCAGAGCGCCAUUUUGAGGCGGCAUCUGUUGGAGCAAACGCAGAGUUUCAUUCAUCCGCUGGAACGGUAUCUGGAAAGCCUCAUGCCGCCACAGAGAUCUAUGUCUCCAUGGAAGACCCCUCCUCAGAUCCGGUUUUUCAGUCAGGAUGAGUUCAUGAAGACCCUGGAGCAAGCAGGGCCACAACUAACUCUGAAAGGAGAUUGGACAGGCCUGUACAGGCGUUUCUUCCGUUCACCAAACUUUGAUGGCUGGUAUCGGUUCAGGCACAGAGAGAUGACUCAGAAAGUGGAAUGUCUUCAUUUAGAGGCCAUCUGUGCGGCUUCUGUUUUUAGUUGCAUGGAAAAGCGCGGCCAGUACAAUUCUUCAAAAUCCUUCGUGUUCCACAGAAGAACGAAAACCCUACGAGUUCAGAACAACAUGAGGGAUCUGCUGACAUGGACCAAAGACAAAUCAGAAGUAGAGAUUGUUGACCUCAUCCUGAAGCUUCGGGAGAAACUGACAAGAGCUCGAAAACACCAGCUUCCAGUUAAAGAAGAACUCCUGGAGAGAUUAGAGCAGUCCAUCCAGACCAUCAUCAGCUCCUUGCCAGAGGAUCUACAGACAUUAUUACACAGACAAUGACAAUCAGACCCACGUGAACAACACUGACCAGCAGAUCCACUGAUGCAUACACCGAGACUGUCUUUCCAGAAUAUACCAGCUAUAUUUGAACCCAUAACACCUGUCCUGCGCAGGUAUCAGCCCACAUUUCUUCUUCUGGUAAACCCAUACACUACCUGAGAGGCCUUUCAUGUUGGAUGUACAGUAACAACAGAUACUGCUGCUAUACAGGGUCCUAGAUGACACAUGAAGAACACAGAAAACAUUGAUACUUGGAUUAAAAUCAUUUGAAGUCCUCAGCUAGACUUCACACUAGAUUUUAGAUGUCUGCUAAAUUACAUUUUAACGUGCACCAAGUAUUUAAAGCCUGCAGUCAGUUAGCACUGCAUGAACAAGGCAUUUAUGUUAUAAAUCAACAUUUAGUCAAAUAGAUUAAUAAAAAGGAUCAACAAAUUGACUUUUAAUUAGCAUAUGCAGCAUUUAUUUAGCAUAUGCAGUGAAGUUCAUAAAUAUGGAUGACUUGUUAGUUUAAGAUGCUUUUAUGAUUAUUUAUUAAGUAUCAAUGCUUUUAUUUCAGUGAUGUUGUUUGUUAUUAUUUAGGGACAUUAAGAAGCACAUUAGUAAAUACACAGCAGUGCUUUUGGCUAUUAUUUAUUUACACCUUACCUGACCUUUAACCUUUGCACAGGAGCACCUCUACUGCAUUGUUUAGCCUGUUUUUACUAUUUUUAUGUUAGAAGCUGAUUGUCUUGGUGUUUUUUUUUUGUUUUUUUUUUUAAUUUAGAUUCAAUCUUAUUUAGAGUUGGAUUAACAAACUCUGGAUUAAGAUAUAUCUAAAACUAGACAGAAUUGUCGAGUUCAAUGUCAUUAAUACGCAAUACAAUCAUGUAUAAGCUAGUCAGUCUGUAUAUAUAUAUUUCUUUUUUGAUCCAACCUGAACCUUACUUGAAAAGGAAAUGGUGGUUCUUUUUUAUUUGUGCCAUUUACAGUUUUGAACCUCGCACUGCACUUUGCCCAUUUUUACUUUUUCAUUUGUAGUUUGUGUAGCUGCUUUUU